AUGGCGGCCUCCUUGCAAGACAGGGAUGGCCGUUGUAGAUUUACAAAAACACGGUCGCUUUUAACGAAAAAGAAAAGGUCAAGAGUAAAAAUUGACCACAAUUAUUCUAUUGGACAUGUACUUAAUACGGGAGGUGAGUCGCCACCAAAGAUCCCUGAAAACGCCAGUAAAGACAGCUGGAAGGAAGGUCGCCGGAUCAUUGAACUACAUGUAGACUGUCUUCUUUCUGGACUCUUGUAUUGUAAAAACUGUUUACUAGGUCCUGUCCCGUUAACAUAUGACACAGUAGUAGGAGAACUGAAGAAAGGUCUAGGUGGAUACCUGUAUGUUUUGUGUUCAAAUGUCGAUUGUCGUCACGUAAACAAGGUGCCAUACGGAAAAACGUACCGAGUGACAAAAAAUGGAAUGCCUCGUUUUUCCGUCAAUACAAAGCUUGGUACAGCUAUGAUAGACAGCAUAGGGGGCCCAGACAAAGUCAACAAUAUCUUGUCAACAUUAAAUAUACCAACAAUAAGUUCCAAAAUUCUAAAAAGUAUGGAGAGACGUGCUGGUGAAGUGAUAGAGGAGGUGGCCAGAAAAUCGACAAAUAAUGCAGCAUUAGAAGCAUUCAAGAUGGAAAUGCAAGAAAUUGCGAAAGACGAGUCAGAAGAAGCGCUAUCAACUAUGGGUCCAGUAGUUGAAGAUCUUGGUGUUUGUCCACUCCCAGAUGCAUCUCCGUCAAUCAGACAAGUAUUUUCUGCUGCGUUCGAUGAAGUGACUGGUGAUUGUGCUGCAGACCAAAACAAAGAUGAUAUAGUGGAUGUUGGUGAUGAUGAAUGGGAAGAUUUGCCUACUGAAGGCAUUUCUCCACCACUGAAACCCCCUUAUAAACUGAAGAAGAAAUUAGUUAGGAAGAAGACAUCUAGAUCGUCAAAAAGCACAAAAAGAGCAUUACAAUUUCCAUGUAAAUCAAGAUCAGGCAUGACUGUUGAUCAGGCAUGACUGUUGCUGUGGAUACGGCAUGGCAGAAACGCGGCUUUGACAGUCUUACUUGUGAACACGACUGCUGGGCUAUCUCCUGGUACGCACACUGAACAGUAUGCCACAAAGAUGACAAAGAAGAGGAAGGCCAUGCAAGAGAAGUCACAACUACCAUCAACGAAACGCAGGAGAAUGAUCCUUAAGCAAG